UUGAUGGAUACAUUCUUGAAUGAUAUCCUAUCUCCCACUCGACCCAGAUGGAGAAAAGUGGCAUAUGGAGGGAUGCAACCUGGGUUUGAUGAUAACCAUACAGAUGACUCUUUUCUUGAAGAUAUGGUUAUGAAUGCCAAUGUUGUCAAAAGGGACAUUCUGAAAGUGAUGCUGGAUUCUGUUUCCAUCUCCCAAUAUCUGUGUAUUGUAGCACUUGUUGGUUUGGUUUGGACCUACACCCUCAGAUCAAUUCUUAAUGAAAAUUCACUCUUGCUUCUUGAUGUCACUCUUCUUGGAUUGGGUUUUCUGGUUCUCCUUUUAACUAAAGAAAUGCUUUCCUUCAAUCUUUUCUUUCGUUACUUACUCAAUAUUUCCUUUUUCAUCAGUGGCUUGUAUGUUUUAGCUCCCAUCUAUCAAACACUUACAACAUCCAUUAGCUCGAACUCCAUUUGGGCAGUAACUGUGUCACUCCUUGUGCUCCAUCUCUUCCUCCAUGACUAUUAUGGAUCCACCGUAAGAGCUCCCGGGGCUCUACACAAUCCGACCUUGACAAGUUGCAUCUCUUUAAAUGCUUCUGUUGUGGCCUCAGUUUUCAUUGCUUCAUGCCUUCGUUCAAGGCUUCUUGUUUUUGCUAUCAUGCUUUUCUCCUUGCAAGUUUUCCUUUUCGCUCCGUUGGUUACUUACUGUAUUAAGAAGUAUUCCUUCCGUUUGCACCUUUGGUUUUCUUUUGGUCUUAUGAUCGCAACCUUGGCUUUUGUUUAUACCCUGCAUUUGUUACUUUUUGUGAUGUUGUUAGGAUUGUUGAUUUUUGUAUCUGUGGUUUGUCCGUAUUGGCUUAUAAGGAUGCAAGAAUACAAAUUCGAAAUCAAUGGUCCUUGGGAUGAGGCUAAACUUUGUUUUGAUAUAACUGAUUGAGAUUUUCAUGCCCUUUUGUGUAUUUGUGCUUAUCUCCCGCUUCUCUUG